GGCAUCUCGCAGUCCGUGAACAAGCUCAACAGGGAAAGCACACUGCACCUCUCCCAACCUCCACCAAAACCGGAUUCUCACUUCUAUGCUCUUCACCUGAAAGCUCGUUGCUCAUUCCGUUUCCAUUUUUAUUUGAUUAGCUCUUUUUAAAACGCUCCGUGUGUUAGUUUUUCCCCCCCUUCUUAAUCUGAGGACACAGUGGAAGGACGCUCGUUGAAGAGAACUACCUGGGUGGACAGACUGCCUCUUUUGAUGAGCUCAUCAGCUGAUGUGUCUCCAUAUGGCUUAUUUUCACUUUGUUAGAGAGAAUGUGGGGUGAAAGGCCCACGGCAAGGCUUACGGUUACCAGCCAAAAUCAUGUUGGCAUGAACAUGAAGAUUAAGGCUGCAAUCUCAACUCACGUGAAACCGUGCAUCCUCUAACUGGCAUCAGGAGGAGCCGUUUCAUGAUCACAAACAAUUUUUGUGUUUGAAGCACUGUUAGAUUGCUUUGAAGAGCCAUGGCAGAGAGGGCCUUGAAACAGAGCAGACAGUUUUGGCAAAGACAGCCCCAGCAGUGUUAAUAUUUUCCCCCAAAGAUAUAAGAGCAACCAUUUUUGGUUUUUCAAAAAAUCCAAUAAUGUACUUCGCUUAGACUAUCCUACAAUGAGAUCAGUCAUUAUAUGCCACUUAUCUUUCACAUUUAGCACAAUAUUCUUCUUGGUUAAGCAAAACAUCCUUUCAACACAUUAAGCUUUCUAUAUAGAUUAGUGUUUCACAAUGGUUUUACAAAAGCAUCACAGUGCCCAUUUAAUUUGGGUCGGGCUGCUCGUUUGUGGCUAUGUCGAAGUUGGCACUUGUCUGGAGUUUACAGGUGCACAGGGACAGUGGGCUCGAUUCCCAGUUUGGAAUGCGUGCUGUGAAAGUGAAAUGAGUUUCAACAUGAAAACAAAGAGCUCUCACGGGCUGCUGGUUUACUUCGACGACGAGGGAUUUUGCGACUUUUUGGAACUCCUCAUACUAAACGGGAAACUCAGCCUUAGUUUUUCCAUCUUCUGUGCCGAGCCCGCCUCUGUGAUAUCUGAUACGAUAGUCAACGACAGCCAGUGGCACGCUGUCACAAUAAGGAGAAACUUUAAGAACACAACUCUGAUGGUGGACAAUGAAGUCAAAUGGGUGGAGGUGAAGUCCAAAAGACGGGAUAUGACCGUUUUCAGCUAUUUGUUUGUCAGUGGGAUCCCUCCUGAGUUGCGAUCGGUGGCAUUGCGACUUACAUCUGCUGCUAUCAGGGAUCAGCCGCCUUUCACUGGUUGGAUAACGGACAUAAAGGUCAACAACACAGCAUCUGUCAUGGUGGACAGUGAAGGGGUCGUAAAGGACCUCUGCGGCACGGCUAACAUGUGCUUAAAUGGUGGAGUGUGCAGUUUAAUCAACAACAAACCUACCUGUGACUGUUCUCAGACUGGAUUCCAAGGAACAGAUUGCAGUGAAGAAGAUAAAUAUACUGAAGGUCUGGCACACCUGAUGAUGGGCGACCAAGGUAAAACUAAAGGGCAGAGUGGGGAAACUUGGCUCCUAAGGUCUCUACUCAGCAUUCAAGGGAAAGAGGAGUAUGUUGCAACCUUCAAAGGAUCUGAGUUCUUCUGUUACGACUUGUCCUUGAACCCAAUUCAAAGCAGCAGCGAUGAAAUCACAUUGUCAUUCAAAACCCUCCAGAGGAAUGGACUGAUGCUGCAUACGGGCAAAUCGGCCGACUACGUCAACCUGUCGCUGAAAAAUGGGGCUGUAUCUCUCGUCAUUAAUUUGGGGUCUGGAGCCUUUGAAGCUCUGGUGGAGCCAGUCAAUGGGAAAUUUAAUGACAAUGAUUGGCAUGAUGUCAAAGUAACAAGGAAUCUACGUCAGCACUCAGGCAUUGGACACGCUAUGGUAACAAUAUCCGUCGAUGGAAUUCUGACAACUACAGGGUAUACACAAGAGGACUACACAAUGCUUGGCUCCGAUGACUUUUUCUACGUUGGAGGGAGUCCUAGCACAGCGGAUUUACCUGGUUCUCCAGUUAGUAACAACUUCAUGGGCUGCCUCAAAGAGGUCGUGUAUAAAAACAAUGAUGUGAGACUUGAGCUGUCAAGGUUGGCCAAGCAGGGAGAUCCCAAAAUGAAAAUCCAUGGUACUGUGGCCUUCAAGUGCGAGAAUGUUGCUACGUUGGACCCGAUCACCUUUGAGACACCUGAUUCUUUCAUCGUCCUCAACAAGUGGAAUGCCAAGAAGACAGGCUCCAUCUCAUUUGACUUUCGUACCACAGAGCCCAAUGGACUUCUCCUCUUCAGCCAUGGCAAGCCCAAACAGCAGCAGAAGGAUUCCAAAAGCCCCCAGAUCCUUAAAGUGGACUUCUUUGCCAUUGAGAUGUUGGAUGGACACCUGUAUCUGCUGCUGGACAUGGGCUCAGGGACUACAAAGACCAAGGCAGUCAACAAGAAGGUCAAUGAUGGCGAAUGGUACCACGUGGACUUCCAACGUGACGGCAGAUCUGGUACCAUUUCUAUCAACACCCUCCGGACUGCCUAUACAGCCCCUGGAGAAAGUGAGAUUCUGGACUUGGAUGAUAAUCUUUACCUCGGGGGCCUGCCAGAGAACAAAAUGGGUCUGGUGUUCCCCACCGAAGUUUGGACAGCUCUGCUUAACUAUGGCUACGUUGGCUGCAUCCGGGAUCUAUUUAUUGAUGGACAAAGUAAAGAUGUGCGGCGCCUGGCUGAAAUUCAGAAGGCUGCCGGAGUCAAGCCCUCGUGUUCUAAAGAGCCUCCCAAACAGUGUUUGAGCAAUCCGUGCCAAAACAACGGCAUCUGCAGAGAAGGUUGGAACCGAUAUGUAUGUGACUGUUCAGGAACUGGAUACCUGGGUCGCUCCUGUGAAAGAGAGGCAACGGUCCUCAGUUACGACGGCAGCAAGUUUAUGAAGGUCCAGCUACCCGUGGUGAUGCAUACAGAAGCUGAAGAUGUUUCCAUGCGCUUCAGAUCCCAGCGAGCCUAUGGCAUCCUCAUCGCCACCACCUCCCGGGAUUCGGCCGACACCCUGCGUCUGGAGCUGGAGAGCGGCCGCGUCCGACUGACAGUCAAUUUAGAUUGUAUCAGGAUAAACUGUACCUCCAGCAAAGGUCCAGAAACUAUUUUUGCGGGUCAAAAUCUGAACGAUAACGAGUGGCACACAGUGCGUGUGUUCAGGAGGGGAAAGAGUUUGACACUGACCGUAGAUGAUCUGACGCCAGUGGAAGGUCAAAUGGCUGGUGACCACACCCAACUGGAGUUCCACAACAUUGAGACGGGCAUUGUGACGGAGAAGCGUUUCAUGUCCAUGGUGCCGUCGAAUUUCAUCGGUCACCUCCAAAGCCUCUCCUUCAAUGGCAUGGCCUACAUAGACCUGUGUAAAAAUGGCGAUAUAGACUACUGUGAGCUGAACGCCAUGAUCGGCUUCAAGAACAUUAUCGCUGAUCCUGUCACCUUCAAGUCCCGGUCCAGCUAUGUGACCCUCACUGCUCUGCAGGCUUACUACUCCAUGCACCUUUUCUUUCAGUUCAAGACCACCUCCUCCGAUGGCCUCAUUCUCUACAACAGUGGGGAUGGGAAUGACUUCAUUGUAGUGGAGCUGGUCAAAGGAUACCUGCAUUAUGUGUCGGACCUGGGAAAUGGAGCCCAUUUGAUUAAAGGAAACUCAAACAAGCCGCUCAAUGAUAACAACUGGCACAGUGUCAUCAUUUCCAGGGAUGCCAAUAACCUCCAUACAGUCAAGAUUGACACCAAAGUUACUACCCAGACCACCACAGGGGCCAAAAACUUGGACUUAAAAGGUAACCUCUAUAUUGGUGGAGUGACCAAAGAGAUGUACAAGGAACUGCCCAAACUGGUACAUGCUAAGGAGGGCUUUCAAGGUUGUUUGGCGUCAGUAGAUCUGAAUGGCCGUCUACCUGACCUGAUGUCAGAUGCGUUGGACUGUGUGGGACAAAUUGAAAGGGGAUGCGAAGGCCCCAGCACCACUUGCCAGGAAGACUCAUGUGCCAACCAGGGUGUGUGUCUUCAGCAGUGGGAGGGCUUUAGCUGUGACUGCAGCAUGACAACCUUUGGUGGACCACUGUGUAACGACGCUGGAACAACGUACAUAUUUGGACGAGAUGGUGGUAUAAUCACAUACACAUGGCCGCCAAACGACCGGCCCAGCACAAGGGCAGACCGGCUAGCCAUUGGCUUCAGCACUCACCUGAAGGAUGCUGUCCUUGUCAGAGUGGACAGUUCCUCUGGUCUUGGAGACUUCUUGAAACUGCACAUCGAAAGAGGAAACAUUGCCGUUGUAUUUAAUGUUGGAACAGACGACAUUAACAUAGAGGAGACAUCAAAGUUUGUAAACGACGGAAAGUACCAUAUAGUGAAGUUUACGAGGAGUGGGGGUAAUGCCACUCUCCAGUUGGAUGAUCUUCCCGUCAUUGAGCGCUACCCUCAAGGCAACAAUGAUAACGAACGCCUGGCGAUUGCUAGACAGCGAAUCCCAUUCCGACUUGGUCGAGUAGUUGACGAAUGGCUACUCGACAAAGGGCGGCAGCUUACAAUCUUCAACAGCCAAACUACUAUACAGAUUGGUGGCUGGGAGAGAGACCGGACUAGGUCCUUUCAGGGCCAACUUUCAGGCCUCUACUAUAAUGGCCUGAAAGUGUUCAACAUGGCAGCAGAGGGGGACCCCAACAUUAAAAUCCAAGGCAGUGCACGGCUUGUAGGGGAGUCGCCUUCCUCUAUCACGCCACAAUCAAGUACUACAGCCAAUCGGUCUGAAACUUCGACAACCAUUAUGGAGCUCACCACCACCACUGCAUCUGGUCGGCGGGUGAAACAGACGACCCCACGAGAGCCUCAGCAGACGACGGAAGACAUGCUGGUGGCAUCGGCAGAGUGUCCAAGUGAUGAUGAAGACAUAGAUCCCUGUGAGCCGAGCUCAGGUGGGUUAGCCAAUCCUACAGGUACCGGACCAAAGAGUUUUCCAGACUCCUCCGAGGUCUUCCGUGAGUCAAGCAGCACGACGGGCAUGGUGGUUGGCAUCGUAGCAGCAGCAGCUCUAUGUAUUCUUAUUCUGCUGUACGCCAUGUACAAGUACCGCAAUCGAGAUGAAGGUUCAUACCACGUGGACGAGAGUCGCAACUACAUCAGCAACUCGGCUCAGUCAAAUGGUUCAAUUGUCAAAGAAAAAGCAGUCAACACAACAAAGACCGGCAGCAAGAACAAGAAGAACAAGGAUAAGGAGUACUACGUCUGAUUGUCAAAGUGCUGGUCUUAUCAGACCAAUUGAAACAUUGUUGGAAAAUACAAAUCAAGACAUUAUUGUGUAUAGUAAGAUAACAAAACUGAACUUUAUUUAGUUUUGUUUUGUUUUUUUUCCAAGAAGACAAUGCUCUUCAAAUUAAAAAGAAGAAAUAUUGAGGGGAGAAACAUUCUCAAGACUGUCAGGGAAAGGACAUGGAUGGACAAUUGUUUCAGACAUCCAAGUGAAAGUUAACUGAAAACAACCAAAUAGCAUAAUCCAUCUGUGACUUGUUUCCAAGAACAGGAUGAUCCUACUCCUUUGUUUGUGGCCACCAGAGGAGCACAGAUGCACUUUGCAAACAGUGGUUACAAACUUAAUGGUUUGAUUUUAAAUUGCCUGUGUUUGUGGUGUUUUGUUUAUAGAGAACAUGGCGCCAUGCGUAAGUGUUGCAAACAUUUGAUCAGAAAAAGAAAGAGGCAGGAAACUGACGACAACUCCACAGAGAAAAAAAUAUUGACAAUGAUCCACAGACUCGCCAAAAUGUCUCAGUUGAGCACGUCAGACUCAAAGUUGAACUGACUGAACUGCGGUGUCGUUUACAAAACUUUUGUUUCCACAAGAGCAAAAUGUUCAUUGUGCCAGUAUGAAAUCUGGAGGCCUUUGCUUCGGCAUCAUAGGAAGUCGAAGGCGAGAAAUUUCGUCAGAAGUCUCAGACGUGACCGUGUGGGAGCCAUGCACGCUGAAUUAUCCUAUUCAACUACAUAUGUUUAUAUUCAGUACAACCACAUCUAAAUGUGCUUUCUGAACUGUGAUAAUGUGGUGUUUUAUAGCCUGUUGUAUAGAUGAUGCAAACUAUAACUGCUCAAAAAACAUUUUGGAAUAAAAAUCAAAAUGACAACAAAAAAAUAAAUAAAGAUGACAUAAAUGUUAAGUGUUGCUAGACAUAGAACAUUUUAUGAAGAAAUCUGCAUUAUUUGUUCCCAGCCCCCUUCCUGUUUUUAAAUGUUUCUUUAUAGUUUUUAUACAAAUGCUAACCAGGCUAAGAGUAGCUCUCCCAAAACUGCACAGAGUUCAAAGCAGGAGUGGAGUAAGCGUAACAAAGUGCACGGUUGGAGAAUCACUGCCUUCCUCCACCAAAAUGAUCUGACUGACUGAUGUGUGCUGCAAAAAAACACAAAAAAAAAAUACUAAUUUAUAAUUGAGUCAUGAUGAGAAUUAUGAAGAACCAUGAAUUUGUUUUGUGUGUUUCCAAGUGGCAUUAUGAAAUAGUCCAAUGUGUGCUUGAUGCUGAUGCAAAGAUCUAAAGAUUUCACGGGUCCAUUUCAACAGUUCUGUGUUUGUUCUGUCAUUCUGUCCGUCAGUUCUGCUUUCCAGACACUUGUACUUGGAAUGAGUAUGAGGAAAAUGACCUUGAACUAUAAAUGAUUAUUAUAACUUACUGUUGUCUCCUCUCUUAUAUUUCUUCAAUGUUUGGUUGACAGUUAUGAAAUGUGUUAUUUUUGUGGGCUCAA